GCAGUCAUCAUCUGUGGCAGUCUCACCUGGCCGGCUCCAUGGCAAAACAAGACUUAUUUAUGUAUUUUAAUUUAUUUUCUGUCGUUUUUCUGCAGCUCUCUUUGUCCUUUGAUCAAGUGUCUGCGGUUGUGGAAAAAAGUUUAGCGGGGCCCACAUCCCAAGAUAUCAGGGUUCAAAACAAUGGGUUGGCUGCCCAGAGCCACAGUGCUGCUUCCGAUGGGGAGAGUUCUUCGCUUAUAGCGGAGGCCCCUCUCAGGAGAGUCCUUCAGCCUUAUGAGUGGCAGCUGGACUCCCCACACAGAACCAAACGGAGGCUACUGCAGACAUCCAGCAUUCUUCCUUACUCUCCUCUGAGCGUGGUUUACAACAGCAAAACAUGUAUCCUGUUUAGGGCCAGGAAGCUUGCCAUCAGGUUCAGGAACAGCACCUUAGUGGAUCUCACAGAGAAGGCCUUCGGCCCCGAUGCACCAGUGGACACCAAAGGCUCUAUGUGCAGCAAAGACAAAGCUACGCUUGUACUACGUUUCGGAGAUGUGGAGGACUUGAGAGGACUUGCAAUUAGACUACAAAUGUCCAACACAUUCUAUGAGUCGGCAGGGCAGAACUGGUUCACUCUGGACAGCGUACACAUCCACUACAACUGGACCCAUGAGGCAACGUUCAACGCCACCGAUGUUUACGCUCCUAGUACCCACUCCUACCACUGUCAGCACGUCAGCAGUCUGCAGAAGUACGACACGCUGCUCGUACCCAGCUCCAUCACAGACAACUCUGCAAACUGGCACAUCACCUUCACAGACUUCCAGAUACAAUCGUUCAAUGUGCUGUCCAACAAGUUUGGCUCAGCCAGUGAUUGCGCUACAUUCUUCACCCCAGCUAUCCUCAUGGGUCUGAUCACCUCUCUAAUCCUUCUCCUGGUCCUGGCCUACGCGCUGCACAUGGUGGUGCACCUCAAACACAUCGACACCUACGAAGAACACAAGACCACCGUCUAUUUCCCCCGCAGCACAGAAACUGCAGAAUGCACCGGCGCCACCAGCUCCGGCACUACCAGCUCCACUGCCACUGAGAAAAACAGCUUGUAGGACUCAAUUUCCCAGGAUCCACCUCAGUCUCCACCACUAGGAGUAUACUGUAAACUGUUUCUGUAGGUGUCAGAUAGUGACUAUGCAGGGCCUCUGAAUCCUCUGAUGGCUGGCAGACCGACCGACUGACUAAACUCAAUAGAUAAAGCAACCUCCCAUACUGAAGGGCCUGAAAGACAUGGUGAUAGUCUGAACCUGAUAUGGUUGUCCACUUUUGCAUCACUUUGGCUCAGGCAGUGGUUGUUCAAGCCAGAUAGAUCUAAUCAUUUGUGGCUCAGCAUUAUCUGGUGGAUUUGGAUACAGCUUUGGAGGUGAUCCGGAGACAUUGACCAGUUAUCGGGCAUUGCAAACAAAAACAAACUAAUUAUGUACUCUUGAAUGAAAUUCAAACGGAUAUAAGAACAAGUAUUUAGUUCCUUGUCAGUACUAUACAUGCUGUUUUAUAUAUAUACUGGAUAAAGAAGUUUCAUUUUAAUAACAAAACCAUACCCUAAAGGGUACAUACCGUAAAGGCAAUGCAGUAUAUACUUAUGUAAUUAAUCAAUCAAUGUGUUACAUUCUGGUGUUUCAGACCUGUGUUUAAGAACAUGUGUUACGAGCUUGUGAAAAUAACUAUGUACAUGUCGGGCCAUUAUCCACAAAGCAUCUCAAAGUAGAAAAUUCUAAGAAUAGAGACAUUUUACUCCUACUCUUAUUGGUAAAAAUAAAAGAUAAGCAUGAAUCCUCUUUAGUCAUUAGUCCCACCUAGUUGACAAAUUUAGGAGACCUCAUGAGCUGUCCUAACCAGUUAAGAGUUACCAGCAGGUGUCUUAAUAAUAGAAAAGGGUAGCGAGUCAGUGGUUCCUGUGCCACAUGGAAUUGCUUUUGAGUUGUUAAAAUCACAAUUGGUUAUUCCCCAUCAUUUGCAGCAACGUCAAUGAGCGCCACUGUCUUUCCUUCACACUAUCUCAAAAUGUUGUGAUUACCAACUGAGAAACUUUUAUGAGUUGAUUUUACUCCUGGCCAUAUGAUCAAUCCAUAAAAUAAUGUUUUGAUAUUUAUAUAUGAUCAACCCAUAAAUAAUCUAGACCUACAUGCAACAGUAUCUCUUGCUUACUUGACAAUGACUUCACAAGGCCAAUAUCACGUUCGUCAUAACGAGGAGACCAAGGCGCAGAGUGAUAAGAAUACAUUGUUCUUUAAUGAAAGAGAAACACUGAACAAAGUAUACAAAAUGUGUUACGGUUUUCUGGUGAAAGAGAGGACCAAAAUGCAGCGUGGUGAUCUUGAUAUAUCUUAAAUGAAGAUGAAAAAUGAACAAUACACAAGAAACGUGAAAAACCGGAACAGCCCUAUCUGGUGCAACAAACACAGAGACAGGAACAAUCACCCACGAAACACUCAAAGAAUAUGGCUGCCUAAAUAUGGUUCCCAAUCAGAGACAACGAUAAACACCUGCCUCUGAUAGAGAACCACUCUAGGCAACCAUAGACUUACCUAGACUACUUCACUAAACUACAAUCCCAUAACCUACAAAAAAAACCUAGACAAAACACCACAUAAAUUCCCAUGUCACACCCUGGCCUGACCAAAAUAAUAAAGAAAACACAAAAUACUAAGGGCGUGACAAAACGACUGUGAAGCUAUGAGACACGAGUGCUGACAGGCAACUACACAGACAAUAACCCACAAAAUACGGCUAUCUAAAUAUGGUCCCCAAUCAGAGACAAUGAUCAACAGCUGCCUCUGAUUGGGAACCAAUCUAGGCAACCAUAGACAAACACCUAGAUAUACAAAAAACCCUAGACAUACGAAAACUACACAUACCACCCUCGUCACACCCUGACCUAACCAAAUAAAGAAAACAAAGAUAACUAAGGUCAGGGCGUGACAGUAGUACUCCCGGCUGCAAACCUAAACCUAUAUGGGAGGGUCUGGGUGGGCAUCUAACCUUGGUGGCGGCUCUGGUUCUGGACUCCGCCCCCCUUCCUAACACUGAGUCCGCUCUUGUAGCCCUGACCCGUGGAUCAUCGUCAGAUCCUUUGGACUGCGGAUCCUCGCCGUAGGCCCCGGGCUGGGGACCCUCGCUGCAUGGAUCAUCGGCGGAUGUUCUAGACUGGGGACCGUCGCCGGAGACCCCGGACGGUCGCCGGAGACCCCGGACUGGGGACCGUCGCCGGAGACCCCGGACUGGGGACCGUCACCGGAGACCCCGGACUGGGGAUUGUUGCCGGACGCUCUGGACUGCCGAGGCGCACUGUAGGCCUGGUGCGUGGUGCCGGCACUGGUGGUACCUUGCUGGGGACACGCACCUCAGGGCGAGUGCGAGGAGCAGGAACAGGGUGUACUGGGCUCCGGAGGUGCACAGGAAGCCUAGUGCGUGGUGCCGGCACUGGUAGUACCGGGUUGGGGACACGCACCUCAGGGCGAGUGUGGAGAGAAGGAACAGGGCAUACUGGACCCUGGAGGAAGAGUGCGAAGAGUAGGAACCGAACACACCGGGUUGUGAAGGUACACUGGAGACCUGGUGUGUAUAGCCGGAAUCAAUUGUUCCGGAACGUUAACACGUUUCAGGAUGAGUACGACAGAGGUGGCAUCGGACAGUUAACACGCUCCUCAGGGCGAAUGCCGUACAUACUACGCCAAACCAACAGUUCGCUCUCUUCACUCUCCUCCAACUUCAUCAACAACUCCUCGAAUGUCUCAAAUCUCCCCCGUUCACUAUCCUCCAAUCUGUCCAAUAACUCCUCGGCAAUCUCAGACUCACCCCUCAACUUCGCCGACUGCGCCAUGUGCCCCCCAGAUGUUCUUGGGAUUUCUGUGGCCUACCUCCAACAUUUUUGCUGUCCUCUCUUACUUCGCUGUUCCUCUUGCGCAGUUUCCACCUGCCUCCAUGGUAGGCGAUCCUCUCCUGCCAAAAUCUCCUCGCACGUCCAGGAUCCUUUACCGUCCAGUAUUUCGUCCCAGGUCCAUUUUUCCACAAAGCUCCGUUCCUCCCUUUCAUGCUGCUUGGUCCUGGUUUGGUGGGUUAUUCUGUCACGUUCGUCAUAACGUGGAGACCAAGAAUACAUUCUUCUUUAAUGAAAGAGAAACACUGAACAAAGUAUACAAAACGACUGUGACGCUAUAAGACACAAGUGCUGACAGGCAACUACACAUAGACAAUAACCCACAAAAUACCCAAGGAAUAUGGCUACUUAAAUCAGAGACAACGAUAAACAGCUGCCUCUGAUUGGGAACCAAUCUUGGCAACCAUAGACAUAUAAACACCUAGAUAUACAAAAACCCCUAGACAUACAAAACCCCCUAGACAGUACAAAAACGACACACACCACCCUCGUCACACCCUGACCUAACCAAAAUAAUAAAGAAAACAAAGAUAACUAAGGUCAGGGCGUGACAGCCUAUUUCACAUGAUAUGCCUAAAUUCCUUAAAUUCCUUCUUUAAUGAUCUACAUCAUGUUAUUUCAAGUUAUACUUUUGGAGCAAAUUGUUAAAAAAGUAUGCCUAAAUUGGGCAUGCCUGUAAAUUGGCAAUUGAAGGCAUCUUUAUUUCAUUUAUUUAUUUAUUUUAUUUAACCUUUAUUUAACCAGGAAGGGCUCAUUGAGAUUUAAAAUCUGGCAGCACCAAUUCAUUACAAAAAUUACAGACAAACAACAUGAAAAACUAGUAAUCUAGUAAAAACCAUAGAAUUCACAAGAGUAUAACAAAAUCAAAAACAGCUAAUUAAAAACAUUGACAGGUCAGGGAAUCAGUCUCAAGAUCAUUCAUCAGUGAUUUAAAAAUACUAAUCGGGACAAGUUCUUCCAGUUUAAUAAAAGUAUUUUGUAAGGCGUUUCAAGACGAUGGCGCAGAGUACAUAAAAGCCCUUUUACCAAAUUCAGUUAGGACAUUUGGAACAGUUAGCACGAUAAAGUCCAGCAAACGAAGAGAGUACCCACCACAUUUCUGAACAAAUUCCCAAAUAAAAAGAUAGUAAACCCAAAAUGGCUUUGUAAAUAAAAGUAUACCAGUGCCUGAGCCUACGAGUGACUAGAGAAGGCCAGCCAACCCUGGUAUACAAAGUGCAGUGGUGCAUAAGGGUUUUGUAGUUUAAAAUAAAUCUCAAAGUGCCAUGGUAAAGGGUGUCAAUUGAUAUCAAACAAUGAGUGGAAGCAUUCAUAUACAAAAUAUCCCCAUAGUCUAGUAAAGGCAUAAAUGUAGCUGAUACUAGCCUCCAUCUGGCUUCAAAAGAAAAACAGGCCUUGUUCCUAAAAUCAAAUCCCAUUUUCAGCUUCAAUUUUUUUGUAAGUUGUGGAAUAUGCCAUUUAAAAGAGAGGACGUCAUCAAUUAAAAUUCCAAUAUAUUUAUAUGAGGUUACAACCUCAAUCUCCUUGCCCUGAUAGGUAGUAAUAGGUGAAAGGUUCAGAGGUCUAUUUCUUGCUUUAAAAAACACCAUUAGUUUAGUUUUGUCAGUAUUGAGGACAAGCUUCAAUAUACACAAGGUAUGUUGAACAGUAUAAAAAGCAGUUAGCAAGUUCUGGAAAGCUUUUGUAAGAGACGAGGCACAACAGUAAAUAACAGUAUCAUCAGCAUAAAAAUGAAGUUGUGCAUUUUGGACAUUUUUGUCUAAAUCAUUUAUAUAAAUAGUGAAUAAGAGAGGACCAAGUACAGAGCCUUGGGGCACACCAUUAAAGACAGACAAUUUAACAUGUGAAUAAUACAAGACAGUUCAGAAGAAAACCAUGGAUUAUCCCGCCCUUUAACCCUGAACCUGCGGAAUGGGGCAUGUUUGUUUACUAUUUGGAAAAAGUCAUCAUGAAAUAGUUUCUAGGCAGUUUCCACAUUAGGGAUAAGCUCAAUCUUACUCCAGUCAAAAUAAAACAAAUCAUUAAAGAAAGCCUGCUCAUUAAAACAAAUUUAAAACAAAUUUCUAUUUCGAAUUAAACUUGGGUUUGUCUUAGGAACCUUAGUAUUUCUAACAGCAACAACAGCACAAUGCUCACUUAAAUCAUUACAAAAAACACCAACUGCGGCUUCUCUUUUUUAAGAGACCUACUGCAAGUGAAUUCUACAAGUGAGUUUCCAAACAAUACAAAACAGUCAUUUAAAACCAUUAGACUUUGGUAGUGACACAAAUUCGUACUGUUCACAUCAUGCCACAAAUACAUCGGCACUUGGGCGAGUGGACAGAGUGAAAAAUAGGUUUUAUGUAGCUACCAGUUUGUACACCAGAUAUGUGAUGACUUUGUUUCCAUACUGGGCAGUACAGGAAAGCCCUACACAAAAAGCCACUAUAGAUUUUUCAACCAAUAUGUUCUUGGCAAUACUUUCUUCAUUCUCGAUUCGGUGAGAAAAAAACAGUGUUAGAAAAUGUCAGUGUCCAGUUGCAGGUGGUUCAACAAAAACCAGGUUGCACUGUGUGGCGCACUGUCAUCAACCAAGAACAGCUUACUUGAAAAAUCUAUGGCAGCAUUUUGUACAAAAUGUACAGGGCUUUUACAAUAACAUCCAGUAUGGAAACAUGGUUAUCACUUAUCUGUCAUACAAACAGAUGGAUAGGGCUUCAUGUCUUUGAUUAUGUUCGAUCAAAAGACCUUUCGAACAUUGUCUGCAUCAUUAUCGGCAAGUGACUUGAUGCGUUAGCUACAGUGCCAAAACGAUUUAAAGUUGUUAAACGGGAGUGAAGCGUGUUGAUAUAACAAUAAUUUUGUCAAAAUUCAGCUUUUAAAAACCAUCAGAAUUGGUCAAAAUAAAUAAAUAUGAGUGAUAACAUAUUAGGCAAGAAUUAAGAGUAGGCUAAGUGAUCAUGUUUGGCGAAAAUUAUGAUUCGUUUUUCACUGUGGUUGUCUGAAGCGUGCUAUAGAGUUCACAGCUGGUGUGAUUACCAGCUGAGAUAAACUUUUAUGAGUUGAUUUUACUCAUGGCUCAGAGUUUGUCUGAGCAGUCUUAACAUCAUCCUAAACCUACUCUGAGUUGGGAGUUUUUCUUGUCUAAAAACGGGUUUUAACAGGAUUCCUAGGACCUUUUCUGAGAUGCUUUGUGCAUAUGGCCCCUGGUUUUGUACAUUUUCAAAUGUGUUUUCUUCUUACAGGUGGGCCUUCAGUAGUUUUCCAGUUAAAACACUAUAUAGGCAACCAGACCUGGGUUCAAUACUAUUUAAAAUAACAAACAUUACUUUCACAUACAUUUGAAGUAAGUAUUCAGAAAUAUUUUAUUUGAAAAGAAGUAGUUGAAUAUAUUGAAUGUAUUUGGAAAUACACUUGGAAAGUAUUUGAAAAUACUCAAAUACACUGACUCAUACACUCCCAUGCAUUUAACCCAGGUAUUUGAAAAUAGUGUUCAAAAUAAGUAUUUGAAAAUACUCUCAAACAUAAUUUGGUAGACCAUUUCGUUUUGACAAAUAACCAUUAAAAUACUCAAAAGUAUUUGUUUUGGGCUGUGUAUUUGAAAAUACCAGAUACUCACAUGCACAUGUAUUUGAACCCAAGUCUGUAGUCAACAUUGAACUAUUUUAAAAAUCAAUACAUUUAAUCAUUUGGCAGAACCACAUCAACAAUUUAUUGUUGUUUAGUGAUAUGCAGCAUGCCCGUGGCUAGAAAAUAAAUUUGCAUACAACAGUAGCUUACACUGAUGGAUAGAAAUGUGCAAUUUGUCUUGGAACCUAUCAUUAUGUACCUUUCAUUGAUCUGUAGGCUAUAUGUUUGGAAAAUUAAAUCCAAGUUGGCUCAACUGUGUUUAUUGCGCUCUAUGAAACUUAAAGAUUCAUGUGGAAGUUUAAGAUAAUUCAGAUAUUAAUAAAUGUUGUUUAAUUCAUGUAAAACAGGAUGGGUUGUAGAGAUUUGAAGGACAAUGAAUGUAAGAAACUUUACUCAGCUAGCACAUUUGGUUCCUUGGAAGUUGUGGGAGUGUAUGAUUUUGGUUUUCCAUUGGUUCUGUGAACGUAGCCAUAAGUUUCCUGACCGUUAAAAUUGAAUGUUUUUUAAACAAAUGUAGCCUGUUCUGGGAACAGAAUGCAGGGAGGUUCUGAGAAAUAUUUAGUUUGGUUCCCUAAAAUUUUUCCUGGGAGGUUUUAUUAACAAUCUGAGAACAAAAAUUAUAAGUUAUUCGAAGGUACGAAGGCAUUUUUCUAUUGAACUUUUAAUAACACUGCUAGCUUAGUUUGUGUUAACUGUUUUGAAUUCAAAGCACAGAUAGGACACAUGGAAAAUAGGCAAAAACGAUAAAAUGUUUUUAUUGUGGCAUUCGAAGGACCAUCUUAUACUUCCAGAUUACUUCCACAUUACUCUUCAAGUUUCGUAGAUUGCAAUUGACACAUUUGAGCCAACUGCCAUCCACCCCCUUCAAAGAGUGGGCUUGCCAAACUGCAUUGCAGAUGUGUUGGUAACUGUGAGUUAGUUGGUGAAAGCACCUGUCUUGUAUAAAGGAGACCCUGGGUAUGAAUCCCAGCAGUACCUGAGCUUAUAACUGUUAUCCCAAUGACCUGUAUGUUACUUAGGGAACAUCCUCCUGAAUGCACAGGACGUACUUCGAACACCCGACAAGGUCAACAUCCCCGUCAUUGGCAAAAGUACAUAUUUGCAAACAACAUCCGGUACACGAAAUCUAAGGAAGUCUCUAGAUUUUGCUCGCCUGAAGUUGAGUAUCUUAUGAUAAACUAUAGACCACCCUAUUUGCCAAGAGAGUUUUCAGCUAUACUUUUCGUGGCUGUUUAUUUACCACCACAGACUAAUGCUGGCACUAAGACCGCACUCAGUAAGCUGUAUAAGGAAAUAAGCAAACAGGAAACUGCUCCCACAGAGGCGGCGCUCCUAGUGGCCGGGGACUUUAAUGCAGGGUAACUUAAAUCAGUUUCAACAUGUUAAAUGCGCAACCAGAGAUUAUUUUCUUUUGAUCACCUGUACUCUACACACAGAGAUGCGUACAAAGCUCUCUUUCGCCUUCCAUUUGGUAAAUCUGACCACAAUUCUAUCCUCCUGAUUCCUGCUUACAAGCAAAAAUGAAAGCAGGAAGCACGGCCUAUAAAAAAGUGGUCAGAUGAAGCAGAUGCUAAACUACAGGACUGUUUUGCUAUCACAGACUGGAACAUGUUCCGGGAUUCUUCCGAUUGCAUCGAGGAGUACACCACAUCAGUCACUGGCUUUAUCAAUAAGUGCAUCGAGGGGGCCUCCCGGGUGGCUAAGGUGGUUAAGGGCGCUGUACUGCAGCGCCAGCUGUGCCACCAGAGACUCUGAGUUCGCGCUCAGUCUCUGUCGUAACCGGCUGUGACCGGGAGGUCCGUGGGGCGACGCACAAUUGGUCUAGCGUCAUCCAGGUUAGAGAGGGUUUGCCCGGUAGGGAAAUCCUUGUCUCAUCGUGCACCAGCGACUCCUGUGGCGGGCCGGGCGCAGUGCGUGCUAACCUAGGUUGCCAGGUGCACGGUGUUUCCUCCGACACAUUGGUGCGGCUGGCUUCAGGGUUGGAUGGCGCAGUGUUAAGAAGGUUGUGUAUCGGAGGACGCAUGACUUUCAACCUUCGUCUCUCCCGAGCCCGUACGGGAGUUGUAGCGAUGAUACAAGAUAGUAGCUACUAAAACAAUUGGAUACCACGAAAUUGGGGAGAAAAAGGGGUAAAAAUAUAUAUAUAUAAAAAAAUAAGUGCAUCGAGGACGUUGUCCCCACAGUACAUACCCCAACCUGAAGCCAUGGAUUACAGGCAACAUUCGCACUGAGCUAAAGGGUAGAGCUGCCGCUUUCAAGGUGUGGGUCUCUAACCCGGAAGCUUAUUAGAAAUCCUGCUAUGCCUUCCGACGAACCAUCAAACAGGCAAAGCACCAAUACAGGGCUAAGAUUGAAUCGUACUACACUGGCUUCGACGUGCGUCUUAUGUGGCGGGGCUUGCAAACUAUUACAGACUACAAAGGGGAGCACAACCGUGAGCUUCCCAGUGACACGAGCCUACCAGACAAGCUAAAUUUGCUUGCUUCAAGGCAUGCAUGAGAGCAUCAGCUGUUCCGGACGACUGUGUGAUCACGCUCUCCGUAGCCAACUUGAGUAAGACCUUUAAACAGGUCAACAUUCACAAGGCCGCGGGGCCAGACAGAUUACCAGGACGUUUGCUCCGGGCAUGUGCUGACCAACUGGCAGAUGUCUUCACUGAUUUUUUAAACAUGUACCUGUUUGAGUCUGUAAUACCAACAUGUUUCAACGAGUUCAAAGCAAGAAAUCAGAUCCUAGCAGGAUUAGAGUCAAGUAUUUUCUGGUGGUCCACUCUCAAUGGGGCGGCAGGGUAGCCUAGUGGUUAGAGCGUUGGACUAGUAACCGAAAGGUUGCAAGUUUGAAUCCCUGAUAGAGGAAUUCUAAAUUCCUGUAUGUUUUAUUGCCAAAACCAAUUCGCACUCAUUUCUAUUUCAUUAAUGAGUUGUAAGUUCAUUAAUUAUGCAUGAAGUAGAUUGAGACCAGUCUUAAAAGCCAAAGGUAACAGCGUUUAUUACAAGAGAGUACUAGCCGCAUACACAUUUUUCCACAGGUUAUAAACUGGAAAUGACAUCAUCAGUUUCCCACCCUCUCUCCGAUUCUCACAAGAGCCCAUUGUUUUUUGGUCUGGAACUCUUCCUCUACUCCCCUCAUAAAACUAAAUUCCAAACUGUCUAAAAGAUAUACUUUUCUCCACUAAUGGAAUCCAACCCAAACAUUUCUUAUCUGUCCGAAAAGCUAUAGCAUCUCCCCCCCUUAAACUGCCCGAGAGGCACAGACAAUUAAUUCGUUCUGCUUACAUUUUCAGUAACAGCCAAGAACCAAGAACCCAUGCAUUUCAUAUCAUAACAUAAUAGUAUCAGAAUAAAUGGUUUUAAUCAGAAAUGUAUAUAUAAUUAAUCAUUUCAACUAUAAUUUCCUCUAUCAAUCCCUGAGCUGUCAAGGUACAAAUAUGUCGUUCUACCCCUGAACAGGCAGUUAACCCACUGUUCCUAGGCCGUCAUUGAAAAUAAGAAUUUGUU